AUGGGCAAGACCAACAGCUCAUCCCUGGACACCGUGGUGACAAGUUUUAUUAUCCUGGGCUUGCCUCACCCCCCCAAUCUGAGGAUCCUCCUCUUCCUGGUCUUCUUCAUCAUUUACAUCCUGACUCAGCUGGGGAACCUGCUCAUUCUGCUGACUGUGUGGGUUGACCCGAAGCUCCAUGCUCGCCCCAUGUACAUUCUUCUAGGGGUGCUCUCCUGCCUUGACAUGUGGCUCUCCUCAGUCAUCGUUCCUCGACUUAUUUUGGAUUUUACUCCUGCCAGCAGGGCUAUCUCAUAUGGUGGCUGCGUAGCUCAAUUGUAUUUCUUCCACUUCCUAGGCAGCACCCAGUGCUUCCUCUACACUUUGAUGGCCUAUGACAGGUACCUAGCAAUAUGCCAACCCCUUCGCUACCCUGUGCUCAUGAAUGGAAGGUUAUGCACAAUCCUUGUGGCUGGAGCUUGGGCAGCUGGGUCUAUCCAUGGGUCUAUCCAGGUCACCCUGACCUUCCGCCUGCCCUACUGUGGGCCCAACAAAGUAGAUUACUUUAUCUGUGACAUCCCAGCAGUGCUGCGACUGGCCUGUGCUGACACAAAAGUCAAUGAACUUGUGACCUUUGUGGACAUCGGAGUCGUGGCAGCCAGCUGCUUCAUGUUGAUUCUGCUCUCCUAUGCCAACAUCGUCCAUGCCAUCCUGCAGAUACGCACUGCCGACGGGCGCCGCAGGGCCUUCUCCACGUGUGGUUCCCAUCUCACUGUGGUCACAGUCUACUAUGUCCCCUGUAUUUUCAUCUACCUUCGGGCUGGCUCCAAGAGUCCCCUGGAUGGAGCAGUAGCUGUGUUUUACACCGUUGUCACUCCAUUACUGAACCCCCUCAUCUAUACACUGAGGAACCAGGAUGUGAAAUCCGCUCUGAAGAGGAUGGCAGCCGGUCGAGGGGCAGCAAAUGCAAAUAAGUAA